AUGAUCUCAGGCUUUGAUAGUAACAAAAAACUAUGCACAGUGUGCAAUGAACGACCCUCUUAUGGUUACAGUUAUGGGGCCUUCGUCUGCAACGCUUGCAAAAACUUCUUCCGUCGAAUUCAUAUAUACAAGAGCCAACUCAUUACUCCCAUCAAACCAUGUCUCACUGGAGGAAGAUGCAAGAGUAUGAAAAAAUGCAGAGACUGCAGAAAUAGACGAUGUUUGGAAGUUGGAAUGACACCAACUUCUCACGAACUUUCUGUACCUGAAGUGAAACUCGUAUUACCGAAAAUCAUCAGUAAAUCAAAAAGUGACAAAGAGUACACUAAUACUAUUCAAUUUCUGAAAGAACUGGAUAGACAAAGAACCAAAACAUUCCUCACAAGACUAUCAAUAGAGGACUUGAGUUUUGAUGAUCUGAUCACCUCGAAUUCCUUCAAUCUCAUUCAAAGAACCACCAAUUUUAAACCAGACUUCUACGAUUGGGCUACAAUUGAUCAGAUUACAGCUAUAAGGUUUAUGAAAAGAUUCCCGUUUUUUGAGGAUCUUGGAACGCAGGAAAAGAAGUUUUUCAUUCAAAGUUCAUAUGUCCAAUUCAUCAUACUUUGCAAUGCUAUGAGAACAAUCAAUUUGAAAAGUGCAGAAGCAAUUUACCCGGACAAUGUGGAUGUGUUUCCUGUGGAGAUAAAGAAAUUUUAUGAGUUCUGCCCUACAAAACUGAACAGAAUCCGCUGCUAUCUGGUUCAUAAGCUGCGGGAGCUGAGAUUGACUCCAGAGGAAUUUCUUCUGCUGAGCGCAAUUCUUAUAUGUAAUCCAAGUAAGCCAUCAAGGGGUCUGGGAGCUUUCACCUGCAACGCCUGCAAAAUGUUCUUCAGAAGAAUCCAAUCCACAAAACAACAAAUGAAAGAAUGUGAAGGAAAUUGCAAAACCCUCAGAGGAUGCAUGUACUGUCGCUACCAACAAUGUCUAAAUGCCGGAAUGAAAAUUCAAAAACCACUUGGACCUCAAGUUGUGUCUAUUAUUAAACAACUCUUAUACCUCGAUGCUCAUCGUAUAAACCGAUUCUCAGCUUUUGUUCCAACGGGGGAUCUGAGUAUGUUGGAUUUGAUAUUUUCGGAUUCUGUGAACUACACAAAGAAGAUGACACGGGAUUACCAACCAGAUUAUUAUGACUGGUCGACAAUGGAUCAAGUUUGCGCAGUGGAUAUGAUGAAGAAGUUUGACUUUGUGCACUUUUUAUCAAAAGAAGAGAAAAGAAGCUUUGUCAGAAAUUCCUAUAUUCAUAUUAUCAUUCUUUGCCUGGCGAUGAGAUCUCUUGAGUCAAGAAGCGAGUGCUUUGUUUACCCGGGGAAUGUGGAUGUGUUUCCUGAGGAGAUACAUUAUAUGUAUAAAAACUGCCCAACCGUCUUAGCCAAUGUAAGAUGUCCACUUGUCGCAAGAGUCCGAGAAUUAAGAAUGACAAGAGAGGAGUUUGUACUUCUCACUGCUAUUAUGAUUUGCAAUCCUGGCAACGAAAUCUUCACCAAUUACAACAGGCACAUAAUCAAUCAAUACCAGAGAGCAUAUACCUCGGCAUUGGUGCAAUAUUGUCUUCACACCUACCAACAGUUUGGUCCCACAAGAUAUACAAAUAUUUUAUCGUUAUGUGAUAUUAUUAAUCAAACAUUCAAAAGAUUUGGUAAUGUAUGGCUAUCUUACAUGUGUGAACAAAAAGAUGGAAAUGUGAAGAAGUUGUAUGCAGAAUUUUUGGACCUUUUUAUGGAAUAA